GGGAACUCUCAGAUCUGCCAUGCUGAUGCUGUGAGUGAGUGCAUCGGUGAGCCUCUGUAUUGUGUUUUGAGGAUUUGGGCUUAAAUAUUCAAAAUGGCGGACGGAGGAGCAGCGAGUCAAGAUGAGAGUUCAGGACCAGAUUCUAGAAUGAGUAAUCCAUCGGAAACAAGUAAAUGUGCAAUGGAGAGCGGAGACGAAAACACUGGUGCCCAAACAAAUGGACUGGACUUUCAGAGGCAGACUGUGCAAACAACAAGCGCAAUCACCAAUGCACACGCACAGGCCUUGCUCCAACAGUUGACUUUGACAGCGCAGCAGCAGUUAUUGCUGCAGCAGGCUCAGGCUCAGCUCUUAGCAGCAGCGGUGCAGCAUUCAGCCGGCCAGCAGAGCAGCACUACAGGAGCCAGCAUCUCUGCCUCCGCUGCCACCCCCAUCACCCAGAUCCCUCUCUCCCAACCCAUCCAGAUCACACCUCAGUUACAGCAGCUGCAACAGCAGCAGAACCUCAACCUGCAGCAGUUUGUGCUGGUCCAGCCGGGCCACCCCAUCGCAACACAGCUGCAGCCCGCGCAGUUCAUCAUCUCGCAGACACCACAGGGCCAGCAGAGUCUCCUGCAGGCCCAGAACCUUCUAACUCAACUACCUCAAAGCCAAGCCAACCUCCUGCAGACCCAGCCAAGCAUCACACUUGCCACACAGCCUGCUACACCCACACGCACGAUAGCAGCGACCCCCAUCCAAUCCCUUCCUCACAGCCAGACGACACCAAAGCACAUCGACACACCCAGCCUGGAGGAGCCCAGCGACCUGGAGGAGCUAGAGCAGUUUGCCAAGACCUUCAAACAGAGACGUAUCAAACUGGGCUUCACGCAGGGGGAUGUUGGCCUUGCCAAAAAACUUUAUGGGAAUGACUUCAGCCAAACCACCAUUCGCUUUGAGGCCUUGAACCUGAGCUUUAAAAACAUGUGCAAACUGAAGCCUCUGCUUGAAAAAUGGCUAAAUGAUGCAGAGAACCAGACGUCUGACCAGGCCCUGUCCAGUCCCAGCUCUCUUGGCUCACCUGGGCUGGGCAUGGAGGGUCUGAACCGCCGCCAUAAGAAGAGGACCAGCAUUGAGACCAACAUCAGAGUGGCCUUAGAAAAGAGCUUUCUGGAACAGAACCAAAAACCUACCUCUGAGGAGAUCACCAUGAUCGCGGACCAGCUCAACAUGGAGAAAGAGGUGAUCCGAGUAUGGUUCUGUAACCGCAGACAGAAGGAGAAGAGGAUCAACCCACCAAGCAGUGGCAGCGCCGUCAGCACUCCUAUCAAAGCAAUCUUCUCUCCCACCACACCUCUGGCACCGAGUACAGCAAGUCUUGUGACCAGUAACACACCGACUACAAUGACUGUAAACCCAGUUUUGCCUCUCACCAGCACUAGUGUCUCCAGCAUCGGUUUCACUGGCACAACUAUUGGCUCGGCUACCACUAACACUGCAUCGGUCAUCUCCACAGCGCCUGUGAUCACCACCGCAGCAUCCUCUCCUUCGCUCAGCCCAUCUCCCACCGUAGCGCAGACGUCCUCCUCAGAGCACGCUUCUGCUCAGGAGACGGUGACUGCAGUAAGUUCCUCCCUGGCGCAAACUCUGGGCACUGGGCAGGUGAUGGUGGCAGCUCCCAGCCUCUCAGCUGCUCUGCAAGGAGCUGCCCAGCUGCCCACCAGCGCCAGUAUCGCUGCCAUGGCUGCAGCUGCAGGCCUCAAUCCUGGCCUUAUGGCAUCCUCACAGUUCACUCCUGGCGGGGCUCUUCUAAGUUUGGCACCCGGUGGUCUCGGUAGCGCUUUGAGUCCAGCACUGAUGAGCAACAGCACCUUGGCCACAAUCCAAGCUCUGGCAUCUAGUGGCACUCUGCCGAUUACAUCCCUGGAUGGGAGCGGGAACCUGCUGUUUGCCAACACCAGCGCCGGCAGCACCCCUAACCUUGUGACGGCACCGCUCUUUCUGAACCCUCAGAACUUGUCACUGCUUGCCAGUAACCCGGUUAGCCUGGUGUCUGCGGGAGGGGCCGCGGGGGCUGCCGGAGCCCUCAACCUGCACAUCACCGCUGAUGCCCACCAGAGCGCUGUCACUACAGCAACUAUGCCCGCCUCCACCAUCACCACGGCCUCCAAGGCCCAGUGAAAGCUUUACCCACUCCUCCUAGACCCCCUUUCCUCUUUCUAAGUUUUUUUUUUUCUAUCUCUUGCUACCACCAAAAACAAACCUUUUAAAUAGGAUUUAAUGUUGUUUUAACGUUAUCUUAAAGUUUUAAGUUUAUACGUUCUAAUUUACACCUUAAUCUGCGAUGUUUGGACCUCAUUGAUGGGUUGACUUCAACCAAAUCAACCGUAAGCGAAUGUUGGCGUCUCUACAGAGCUUGCAUCAGGAGAGCAGAAACCUCCCUGGACAUUGUGCCAAGCCUCUGUGUGGCGCAAAGACAUAUUCGUUUCAGUGAACUCGCUCUUUUCUCCCAUUUUCACAUGAAACCUCUUCUUCAGAGGUAUUUCUGAAAUGCUUUUAACCAAAAAACUUUGUUUACUCUGUGUUGAAUGAUACCUUCUUACUGCUGACAGUAACCUCCUCUUCCUCACUGUAGAAAAAUGUUCUGUCUAUGAUCUCUGUCUAUGAUUUCACUGGAGAUCCUGCUUUACAGACGUUCCGGUCCCCGUGGAGCGUUUCCUUUUUAGAUGCACAUGAUUUAUUUUUGUCAAGCAAUGGGUUAGCUUUAUGUCCAUUAUCUUACUAACUUGUGGUUACAAGGCUUUAAAUGGAGUAAUAAGCGGCUGUGAUGCGGUUUCAUUGCUUUAAGGAAUCGUUCGACUGGCCUUUCUUUCUAUUGAAAUGCUUUCAGAUAUUGUUUUCAUAUCAUAUCGUAGUUUACUCGGUAGCAGAAGACUAGUCUGGGUCUGAAUCCUCACCCAGUAACAGGCUCACUUAAUAUACUAAAAGCUUUAACGAAUUAUGAAAUGAUUCGUCACGGAGGAGAUGUUCGGCGUGGGCGAAAGUAACUGAGCAGUACAGUCUACUUUUAAGCUUCAGUAACUGAGAGCUCGCAACGUUAGCAUCAGGCUAUGUAACCACGCAAGGUAAACCUCCUCGCGGUCUUCCUAACAUGGGAUGUACUUAAGGUAUCACCACCUGAUUGUGAGGGUGUAGGUCAAGCGAGAUAAAGUUGGAUGAUGUUCAAGUUUUGUUUUGUUUUUGUUUUGUUUUGGGUUUUUUUUAGGGUCUUUGGUUUUCUACUUGUGCACAGUAUCUGUACCAAAAAACUGGAUUUGAGAACUGCAGUCUGCUCGGUUUUUAGCAGAACUUCUGUCACGCUUUAAGAGGUCUUUAUUUCGGAGGUCUUUGUAUUGCCUCUAUUUCAAGAUAUACCAAAAAUCUUUGUUAUACCUGUUGCUGUAUAUUGCUACUGUAGCGUAGUUUAAGCCUAAAUAUUUAUGAGCGAAGGCUCUCGGUAGACCACAGGAAAUAUAAUGCAAUAUUUUGAUCUUUUCCAAAGACGAAAACAUAGUUGUUCUUUUUAUUUCUUUCAUUUGAGAUGGCUGCCCCUCCUCAAUUUUGUAGUGUCAGUGAAACUAACCAAAUAGAUCCGAGGUGAGAGCAGGACGUGAUACUACAGCAAAGGACCAGUUUGAGGUUUGGGAUUGUCCCUCCUGCUGGUCAUUGAUGAGGACUUUUAGAGACACGAAUGGGGGAGUCGGUUUUCCCGUUUUGUUAAGAUCAUUUCAAAUUGUAAACAUGGAAGUAAAGCAAGCGCGUUCUUACUUAACAGGCUUUUCGAACAUUUUCCCUUCUUUGUAGUUGCAAGGCGCCAGAUUCAGUCCUUCGUUAUCUGAAAUCAGGGCCUUCUCUAAAUUUCACUCCAGCCCAAUGCGUAGGCUGUACCUUGGAGGACAGAAGCAGGCGUGAAAUAUCCGUUAUAAAGAGGUGAGAACUUAAUAAGGGGGUUUUAGCCGAAUGGUCUGUUUUGUUUUUCCCUACCAAUGUAAUGCAGCCAUGAUGUAAAGCUUGAACCAAAGUCGAUUUCUCACUAGCUGCUGUGCCUGUGUGUGCCAGUGUAAUGCUGACCACACUUUCACUACUCACUACUGACAAACUUUACCAUCUAUUACACUUCUUUUAAACCCUACUCCUUUUGACUCGCAUUGUCCGACCAAUAUGAAGAAAUAUAGCUUCUCUAGCGCAGCGCUAACUUGCUUUAGCUCUCGAUAUCUGAGCGGUUAACGAUCCAAAGAGAAUCUUAAGGGCCUUGUGUUUAAGUGCUGUUGAGAUUUUGGGAGUCUGUGUCCUUCAUUUCUUUCUUUAACCUUUGUUGCGAGUCUUUGUUUUUUGGAUGUAAUCUAAUUGGACUCAACACCCAUGCUGCGUUUUCGACAAAUUAAUAGCAAUAGAAAUAUCAAGAGUCCACCAAACGUUUAAUUUAAAAUCCAGAAGAACCUGUGGAAAUGCAAAAGACUCUAAAAUGGCUUCAUUUGACAAGAAGGUGGAUUUUUAGUGUUGCAUUGGUACACUGUCUAGACUUGCUUUUUUGUUGUUUAUUCUUGUUAAUGAACAUUGGAGAACAGGUAUUCUGGGAGAAUAACAGUACUGUCUCAUCCGUAGCAUUGCUUUUAACACACACACACACACGUUUUAAAUUCUGUGACAAAGUGGUCAGAGUCUCCCCUUACUGUCCCUUUUGUCAUUCGUUACUGUGGCCUUGUCUGUCAAUUUUUGUUAAGACUGUUUGUUAGCGACGCUAUGUGUUUUAUUGUUAAUAUGAUUUGAAAUACCUCAGCAGCACUUACAUGGAAGGUUCACUUUAAGCAAAAGACACCAGUAGUCAACUCCAGAAUGUAAAAAAAGCUGUUUUUGACAGUCCAUUUUAAAAUGACCAACAUGUAAAACAAAACUACAAAGUAUAACAGGAAAAUAAUAAUGUCUCACAAGUCUACUACUGCUAUUUCAAGUACUACUAUUACUACUUAAAGGGUAUGUCCAGGUUAACUUGUAAUGAAUAUUUUAUCCUACUUGCCAAAGUAAAAAAGAAAAAAAAAAAAAGCCUUUGUCUUUGCGGCUGGGUCUUGUUGCUGCUCAUUCCGCUGGUUCUGUCCGGAAAUUUCAACGUAGCCUCUCUGGACAUGUAGAUUUAUGUGUUGUUUUGCGCAUUAGUGUCACGACCCGGUGGUCGCCGGGACUGUGGGGAGUUACUGAUAUAUUUAUCUGAGGAAUGACUCAAAGAUUAGAGAACUUCUUUUCUAAAUUCUAUAUAUAUUCACUUAUGUAAGAUGCUCAUAUUUUAUAUUUGAACUAAUAUCUAGUUUGAAUGUAGUGUUUUUGUCAUGCUUAUUCACUAAAAGAAAAAAAAAAUAACAAAAAAUUACUUCAUUUAUAUUAUAGCUAUUCUAAAAAAUUAAAAAAUAAAAAUAAAAAAAAAGUCAAGACCAAAAAUUGCAACCACACCCUUGUGAUGUGGGAGUGGCUGUUGUGUGCCCUGCCCACAUUUAAAUGUGGUUUGUUUGAGUGGGAGGGGCUUGUGAUGGUGCUCCUAAAGGAAAGCCCCAGGCUUUCACUGAUGUAACAGACUUGAUGGCACCAAUUUUUUUUUUUUUUUUUUUUUUUCUCUCUCUCUUGCUUUACUUUUUUUGAAUUUAAUUUGCAAUGUUGCUUUUUAACAAUCUUUAACAAUCAUUUGAGUUUAAUUACUUUAUGCCUUUUUUUGUAUAUCAUGAGGGAGCAACGUCACUGACUUUCUUAGUUUGACAAAAACUUGCAUUUAUCAUUUAUGCCUUACUAUUAUUUCUGAUUUUGACACAUUGUAGCAAACUGUAAUAUGUUGAUGUGAAAGAUGAUUUUGUUUGGUUGUGAAUUUGUGUGUGUGUGUGUGUGUGUGUGUGUGCGCGCGCGCAUGUGAAAGGGGUUGCAACAGAGCAUGCACCAAUGUCAAAACUCACAUGGUGCAUAUCAACCAUGAAAAUAACGCUGUGAGUUUUAUUUGUGUUUUGUGAUAUUUUGGAAAUGUUGCUACCUAUUUUCUUUAGGUAAAAUUCAAUCCGGUUGGAUACCUGUUAAAAGCUUUACUAAUAACUCAACUCCAGCUAAUAUGUAGGGGGCGCUAGUGGUGCAUUUAUUUCGAAAGAUAAUUCUUUAGAGAGGUUCUGUCUGACGUCAUAUCUUAAAAGUGAGACUUUUAACUGAGACUCAUUGGUAGGAAAUACAGGAAACUGAUCUUUUUUUUUUUUUAAGUGGAUAUAAGGAUGCAUCGUACAUCAUUUGGUGCAGUUGACCACUUGGCUGUAAAUGAUAUCCUUUUUAACCUGUGUGCUCAUGAGAUGUUUGGGAUGUGAUUUACCCGAGGAUGUUGAACCUGGCAACAGCUCUGUACAUUUGAAGUUGUUGCGAAUCCUUUUUGGCACUUGAUUUUUGGUGUGUGUGUGGAUGCUCUGACUUGUGAUUGGAUAGUUUCACGAUUGUAGCGGGUUUGCCGCUGUAGACCCUCAGUCUAGUGACAAAAUAGGAUAGUUGCAGAAGAGGUCAUGCACCAGAGAGCCGAGCGAGAGCUGGUCUGAGUAAAGGAGCUGUUGUAUACCUCAUUUAUAACUCAAAACUGAGUAAAAACUUGCUUUAAUCUACUUCAAAAGAUGAAAUAAUAAUGAAUAAAAAAAAGAUUGGUCCCAGCACAGAAGCCUGCAGAUGUCUGUUUUAAGUUUUGAAUGAGGAACCGGAUGGAUACCCAGAAGGCCGCACAAGCUCAUGCACAUUAGAAGCCCACCCCACUUAUUUAUAUUUUGCUUUUAACGCAAAUUUAAUUUCACACUAUAGCUCCUUUUAUUCAUUUUGUACCAAAGCUGUUUUUCUAUGAUUUGACAAUCGUCUUUUAUAAACCCUUAACCCUUAUUCGCUGCAGGGUUUGCGCCGUUCGCUCUUCUGGGUUUGCGGUCUGCUUGUUCCUCACCUUCUCAGUGGUAACCAAAGACUUUCAAUGUGAUUGUAUGGACUAAUCUCUUUCUUCUAGUGUCCUGCCUCAACCUUCAGCUUGCGGUUUUAGAUCAUUGGUCAUUUGUGGCCAAGUGGGCAGGGUUUAGUAGAAAGAGGAAGUACAACAGCUCUGCCGGCUUCUGGACUUCAAGGACCUAAAGUAACCCCUCGUGGGCUGGGUGAUGUUUAUUAAUACACGCUGAAGGAUGUCCUGGGCUCACUGCAACCUGCUCAGGAUAAACUGUCCUCUGGAGUUCCACUCUGUGGCUGCAGCAAGGCAACACUGUUUCUAUGAUUGUCUACUGAAAACAUGCAACGUCUCUCCAUAGUCGUCUUUUAGGUGCCGUCGUCCCGUGGUUUCGCUGUUUUGUCGAUGUCUUUUAUCUAGCUUUGCUGUUUCCACUAUCAUGAUUUCAAUUGGUUUGAUCAGCUGUGCUACUAUGCAUCGUUGUCCUCCAUCCUGCAAGGGCGGCGUUUGUGCGACAUGGCCCUUUACAGAUGGAUCUUAAUAGUUUUAUGCCGAGUGGAGGGUCGAAAGCAACUAUAAGCUCUAUCCCAAAGCAAAAAUAUCCAAAUAUGAAAUGUUUUACAAGUGCAGAUACCAAAGAUUGCUCUGUUCUUUUUCCUCUUCCUUCCCAAACCCUUCAGCUUGUGUAUUAAGAAACAGAACCCAGCUCUGACAGUAGUCCUAACCUCAGUAAUUCCAAAGUUUAGAUGUAUAUUUUGGUAUUUUUCUGAGAUGCUUAUGAGGAAAAAAAAAAAAAGUUUGUCGUUUUUUAAUUUUCCUGUUUGUUGGAUAUGUUGCUCUUUUUCUGUCACAGCAUGGAAGUUAACUGCAAAACUGUCUUACUGUAGGUUAAAGAAAUAGUAUUUUUGUAUGUUUUUGGAUGUGUCAAUGUAUGUGAUAUCAGUUUCACUGCCCAACUUAUCAUUGUUUUUAAAACAAAAAAGAAAAAUGGUUAAGAUAAAAAAAAAAAAAGACUAUGUACAUAAUACUUUAGUCACUGAUUUCAAAAGAAAUCCCUCUGUACUCUCAUUUCCAUGUUUCCUACGGCUGAAGCUCAAGGAAUGUGUUCCAUUUUCACCCUGUCACAUACUGUAGAUUGUACUUCUAUAUCUCCCUUCUGAACGCUGUAACUCACUGUUGUAAUAAUAAUGAUUGGUUGGAUUCUGAGUAUCACUACAGACCUGAACUCUAGUGCCACUCAUGGCCUGUUAUCAAGCGACAUAUACUCAAGACUGAACGCUAAACGGCUACAUCGCAGUAGCUUAGAACUGAAUGAUUGUGUAGAAUAUAAGUAUGUGAAUCAGGAUACAUGGUAGAUUUGAUGCAUUUGUCUGCUGUAUUUUGUUCGUUUUUUUAUAUAUAUAUAAAGAUAAUCUUUUACUGUAACUGUACAGUUCUCUUUUGUUGUAAACAUCAUUAAACCAUUUUCCAAGUGUUUUAA